UACAGUCGAGAGUCAGCUGUCAGCAGAAAAAAUUUCUGGAAUAACAAAAACAGGCAAAAUUUCUCCGUAUCCAGGUGAAAAGUCAUCCCGAUCCUCAGCAUGAACUGGUACACGGGCAACAUUGUGGAGGCCGUGGCGGCAUCGAAGGUCAAGGACGCCGUCUUUGUGGUCUUCAUCGAGGGCCAGGACGAGAUGUCCAGAAAGCUGGAACGGUUCGUGGACGACAGCCAAGUGCGAUCGCGCCUGGAAACCUCCAAUUUUGUGGCCAUUAAAAUCCAGGGAGUUAGCGGAGCCUAUGGACAGUUCUUGUCGCUAUACAAAGUCGUGCCCAUUCCCUCGAUCUUUUUUAUUGGCAAAGCGGGCACUCCCCUGGAAAUAGCCACUGGGAUGACGGAAAGUGCCGAGGAACUGGCCGCCAAGAUCGAUAGGGUCCUGGUCCUGGCGGGAAAACGAUCGCCAGAGUCAGAGGUGGCCACCAGCAGCACCUCCUCGUUUGUGGAGGAACAGGAGUCAAAUGCGGUGAGGAGCUUUGCCGGAGCAGAUGACUCGACAAAUACGAGCAACGAGGAAAACCAAUCAAAUCAAGAAGCUGCAGAGAAAACGGAAGAUCCCGAGGCCACAUCAGUUUCAAAUGCACCUACUGCAGAAGUGGAUAAACCCAAGUCGAAUCCUUCCCAUUCUGCGGCACAAGCAAGUUUUGUCUCGAUUCCUGCUGCCGUAUCAAACUCUAGCCUGGACGGAAAAUCCGGUUCAGAGGCGGAGAGCAGCUCGGUUUCUCCCGCCGCUUUGGCAGCCGAAAGGAGAGCAGCCGCCAGCAAAGUGGAGGGUUCGGCAUCCACAUCCACAUCCGGAGCCCUGGCCCGCAACCUGGCGACAUCUAAUCUCAUGCCAGCUGUGCCACUACUCACACCUGCUGUCCCACUUUUGGCGCAGCAACCGGCUGAAUCGAUCACCGAAUCCGAGGAAAGGCUGGCGGAAGUCCGGAAUCUUUUGGAGGAGAAGCGAAGGGAGCGCGUGGAGGAGGAGAAGCGUCGCGAGAAGGAGACGGAGCUAAGGCGCCGCCGGGAGGGACGCGAAUCGCAGACCCAACAGGCCAGAACCAAGGAACAGGAGAUUAAGAACAUGCAGGAACAAAUACGUCGGGAGCGUCAGGAGGAGCAGCAGACUAGGGAGCGCAUCCGUGCCCAGAUUGCCGCCGAUCGGGCAGAGCAGGCGCAUCGAAAUCAAGUAUCCGCUGACCUAAACAGCACGACAAACUCAGUGGCGGCCACCGGCGUCUCCAGUGCGAGCACAACCGAGUCUUCGGUGAGUUCGGUGGACGAGACGAGGCUGCAGAUCCGCCUGCCCGGUGGCCUGCAGCGCACAAAAACCUUUCCUGCCGGCGAGUCGCUGGCCACCGUGCGCGUCUACGUGCGGAAUGAGCUGCUGGCGGCCAGCGAUGUGCGAGACUUCACACUGGCCACCAGUUAUCCACGGCGGGAGUUCCAGACGGAGGACGAGGUGAAGACCCUGACCGAACUGAAGCUGGUGCCCAAUGCCGUCGUGCUGGUGCUGACCAAGGAGCAAGUGAAUCGCGUGGUGCGCAGCGGUGGCUCCCUGAUGACCAUGCUGGCCACGGUCGUCUGGGCCAUGCUCACGCCGGCGGCCAAGGCUUUUGAAUACAUCAACAAGAUGGGUCUGCGCCCGCUCACCCAAAGGUUGUCCCUUCUGAUGGCCAACAUCCGGUGGCCAGGAGGACAGGUCGACGUGGCUGCCAACCCAGGCGAUGCUGCCACUCGUCGCAACAUGGAUCAGUUUUCCCUGCGACCGACACCAGCACCAGGCUAUGACUACGACGAACCCUCCACAUCACAAGCACCAAGGGCCACGGCGACUCCUGGCAGCGGAGCAGAGGACAGAUACACGCCGCAAAAUCAACCGGGUCCGGGAAGCACUCCGCCGGCUCAUAACACCAGCCAGGCUUCCGGCUCGCAGUCUCAGCAGUUCCAACAGCGACCUGGUGGCUAUCAGCCGCCGCGGUACGGGGAUGCCAACAUUCGACGACUCCACGAUACCAAGAAGGAUGAAAAGGACAAGGACAAGGCCACGUACAACGGCAAUUCCACGCAGCAGCAAUAGAAUUGCUAUCCAGCUGUCUCUAGAUAUCAACUUUAACAAUAACCUGUUAUGCUAAAUUUAAUUAUAUCAAUUCCAUAUUCCGAAAUAUUA